CAUUACCAAAUACAGAGAGUCGAGCUACCGGAGCGAUGGCUGUAGCGGCAGCAGCAGCACCGCUGGAGUGUGUUUACGACGCAAAGCACGAGAGCGACACAGCCUCGGGAGAGACAAACACCGCGCGCGCACGGCUUUUUAACGCACAGGCAUUUACGCGCAGCGUCUGGAGCCCGUCAGGCUUCUCGCUACAUCGGUCCGCUUGACGUCUCCGUUCCUCGGCAGUGGAUCCGGAUAGGCUCACGCAGCAGAGACCGACCGAGCUCGAGCUUCUCGUGGAGGCAGAUGCGGUGGAAACCGGACCAUUUUAGUACUAUCUCACGUUUUUAGGCGCGCCGUUACUGGAAUCUUUAACGGCCCAGAAGUCUCCCCCCCACCGGUCCUGUCUCCAUCCAGCAGUGCUGCACGUAGAGGCGGGGUGGUGGUGGUGGAGGGAGGGGGGACCCGAGAGCAUCCCUCCAUCCCACCGAGUUUAUCCCUCCCUUUCUCCUUCUCGGUUACAGCCUCAUCAUAUACCAGAGCUCUAGGGGGGUUCUCAUCUAAUCCGGGGAGCCAGGGUGGGGGGGUGGAGGGAGCCAGCUUGUGGCCGCGGUAGACGCACCCUCCGCCCGGUGAGGCUGGGCUGAAAGCGCCGCUGUGCUGAAGGAUGCUGCGGGAGUAGAGCGGCUCAGAAGAUGGGGAAGGACCAGGAACUGCUGCAGGCGGUGAAGACCGAGGACCUGCUCACCGUUCAAAAACUGCUGCAAAGGCCCCGACCAGGGAAAGCAAAGCUCCUCGGCUCUGCAAAGAAAGUGAAUGUCAACUUCCAGGAUACAGAUGGGUUUUCUCCACUGCAUCAUGCGGCUCUUAAUGGGAAUCUGGAGCUCAUCUCUCUGUUGCUGGAGUCCCAGGCUGCUGUCGACAUCAGAGACCAGAAAGGUAUGCGGCCGCUGCACUAUGCCGCCUGGCAGGGGAAGGCGGAGCCUAUGAAGAUGCUGCUGAAGUCAGGCUCAUCUGUCAACGGCCAGUCAGAUGAGGGGCAGAUUCCUCUACACCUGUCAGCACAACAUGGCCACUACGACGUGUCAGAGAUGCUGCUGCAGCACCAGUCCAACCCAUGCAUUGUGGAUAACGCAGGGAAAACGCCUCUUGACCUGGCCUGUGAGUUUGGCAGAGUUGGGGUGGUCCAGUUGUUGCUGUCCAGUAAUAUGUGUGCUGCUUUGCUGGAACCUAAAAAGGGAGACACCACCGACCCUAAUGGGACAUCUCCACUCCACCUGGCUGCCAAGAAUGGACACAUAGACAUAAUCAGGCUGCUCAUUCAGGCCGGCAUCGACAUUAACCGGCAGACCAAAGCGGGCACUGCCCUGCACGAGGCUGCCCUUUGUGGAAAGACAGAGGCAGUGAGACUCCUGCUGGACAGUGGUAUUAAUGCUGCUGUGAGAAACACGUACAGCCAGACUGCGCUUGACAUUGUCUACCAGUUCACAGCAACACAAGCCAGCAAGGAGAUAAAACAGCUGCUGAGGGAUGCAUCAGCAGCGCUGCAGGUUCGGGCUCUGAAGGAUUACUGCAACAACUACGACCUGACCAGCCUCAACAUCAAAGCAGGAGACGUCAUCACGGUUUUGGAGCAGCACCCUGAUGGACGCUGGAAAGGCUGUAUCCAUGACAACAGAACGGGAAAUGAUCGAGUGGGCUACUUCCCAUCCACCCUGGUUGAGGUCAUCAGUAAGAGAACAGGUUUGGCCAGCACAGUCAUUUGCACUCAACAGUUUCAAAAGAUACCGCUGGUUCCCCCGGCGACGGUUGCCCCUGCCAACGCGGUAGUCAACGGCAACGACACCACGUUCCAUCAGAUCCAUAUCCUGCCUCCACCGCCUCCUCCUCCACCACAUUCCCAUCAGCCACUGCUUCCACUUUUCACAUCCUUUGGCUAUAACAGGUCGCCCGUGACAACUCCACAGGGAGACACACCCACUGCCCCAGGUUGUCGAGGCUCAGAGGCAAGUCCUCACAGUUCUCCCACCCCAUCCAGCGGGCCCCAUGGAGGCUCCAACGAAGAGAUCUGGGUUCUGCGCAAGCCGGUGGCAGGUGGAGAUCGCAGCAGUGUUGGGAGUUCUGGAAGUGUGACCAGCGUGAGGUCUUCAGGAAGCGGUCAGAGUGCCGGCAGCGCUGCACACAUCCUCCAUGCGCAGGCUGAGGGUGUUAAGCUUUUAGCCACGGUAUUGUCACAGUCUGCCAAAGCCAAGGAGCAUCUGAUGGAGCAGUCAAAGUCUGUGGACCAACCUGCAGGCUCUGCCAGCUCUUCUCGGACAUCAAGCCAAUCAGGCUGUCCACUCCAUGAAGCGCCGCCUUACGAUGCCACAGCAACCAGGAAGGGGGAGGGUCCAAUAGAAGGGAAGAGCUCAGAGGCCGUUGUCCAAUGGCUGAGCGACUUUCAGCUGCAGGUCUACGCUCCAAACUUCCUGGGUGCUGGGUAUGACUUGCCCACCAUUAGCCGAAUGACCCCGGAGGAUCUGACAGCCAUCGGGAUAACUAAACCAGGUCACAGAAAGAAGAUGACAUCGGAGAUCAACAAGCUAAGUGUCACAGAGUGGCUGCCAGAUCAGAAACCUAACAGCCUAGGAGAAUGGCUGUCAGCUAUUGGUCUCAGCCAGUACCACCAGGUGUUGGUGCAGAACGGUUAUGAAAACAUUGACUUUAUCACUGACAUCACCUGGGAAGACCUGCAGGAAAUAGGGAUCACCAAACUGGGUCACCAAAAGAAGCUGAUGCUGGCAGUGAAGAGACUGGCUGAAAUGCAGCGCAGUUUAGAUGGGCGGGGCUCCCUCAGAAAGAAGCCCCCGCCAAUCACACAGCAGCAUGAAGUCAUGUCGAUGGACAGCCCGCCACCGGACGAGGUCAUGUCUCCAAAGAUGAGCACCUUCCAGGACAGUGAGCUGAGCACAGAGCUACAAAAUGCAAUGACCCAACCAGGUCAGGAGGUUAAAGUUCAGCGAACACGCACCCUCAGCAAAGACCACGAUGAGGCAACUACAGGAGGAGGAGGAGGUGGGCCACCCAAGAAGGAGGCGAGGACUAUGAGGCAGCAGAGCAGUCAGGGAAGCACCUCCUCCCACAGAGGCAGCGUAUCCUCACAAGGCAAACAUCGUCACUCCCAUUCUCACUCCCAGCCUGCACCUCCUUACACACCCCCUCACACACCUACCAAGACCAGGACUUCAUCUUCCUCCUCCACCUCCUCUGUUCAGAGCACAGCUUCUCCUCAGACCAAGCCCAAGCCACCUCCCCAGUUAGUGCAAGGGGAGGGACCUCAGUCGCCACGUUCGAUGUCUCCAACCCACCGCGGAGCUCCAUGUCAGCUCCCCCAGCAGCAGCCUCAAGUCCAGUUGCAGCACCAGGCGCACCCUCAGCACCACCAGCAGGCACAGGUGAUGGAGGUCAGAGAGGGCCAGCAGCCACAGGUCCCUCUCCUCUGUCUGCCACCUGAGGCUGAACUGGCUGAGGCAGACAGAGCAGAACCCUCAGCUCUCCAGAAGAAACGUGCUCACAGCCUCAACCGGUACGCCGUCUCAGAUGGGGAGUGUGAUGAGCAGGAUGGAGGAGGAGGACGGGGUGAGGGAGAAAAAGGAAAAGAGGUAGCAGGUAAGGCCUCUACGGUCGCGAGACCAGACGGAGGCAAAUAUGCUACUGUGACCCACCGUGUGAGCCGCAGCCACUCAGUCCGCAACCAGGACAAGACCGCCAACCGCAACCAGACCCAGUCCUUCGCCCUGCGUCAGAAGAAAAAAGGUCCACCCCCACCGCCUCCCAAACGCUCCAGCUCUGCUAUCUCCAGCUCCAACUCCAACCUGACGGAGGCCAAUGCACAGCCGCCGAUUCUCACCACCACGGGAGGGAUGUUGGACGUGCCUUACCACCAACAGCGGCGGGCCAGUGACCUGGGGAUGUCCGUGGAAACGGCUGCCGUGGAGACGAGCAGCGUGGGGAGUGUGAGGAGCAUCGCCGCUAUGUUAGAGAUGUCCUCUAUAGGAGGCGGAGCCAAAGGCAUGGCACUGCAGAAGAACCUCCUCCAGGUUGGAAAAACACGUGAUGCCAUUGGUCUCGAUGGCGAAGUGGUGAACCGACGGCGGACCAUCAGCGGUCCCGUUACUGAGCUGGUGGCAGCUGCCAAGUGGGACCAGACAACAGCGCCCGCAUUACCUCCAACCUCCACCCAACCUGAAUCCCCCCCUCCCUCCGUAAAUUCCUCCUCACCCCAACCUCCGUCCUCCCCCCACCCAAGCUCAGGGGGCAGUGGCAGCUCAUCAGAGAACUUGCCGUUUGCAGAGGAAGGAAGCCUUACCAUCCGUCGACAGGGACGAGGAGAUGGAGAAGGACAGUGUGUAUUUUGUGUUUGCCUGCAGGGUGACGGCCAGGGUUCCCCGGGAGAUGCCCAGGAGGAAACAGUUGAAGCUACAGCGACCCUGAAGCGACGACCCCGCAGUUCCAAGGCCCACCCCAACGGAUCGGACUUCACACUUCAGGAGUCAUCCACCGUUAAGCGACGACCCAAGAGCCGCGACAAGGAGCCCGAGGGCUACGCAGAGCUGGCUGCAGCUAACGGAGAGGCUGUGGGCACCGGGCAGCCCAACACCACGCAGCCAGUCCCUUACCAGAACGGUACGGCUACCGUGAAGCGCCGCCCACCGUCUGACGCUGGAGUGACGGAACAACCUCAACCUCAACCUCAACCUCAAGUGACUGCAGCUCCUCGUAGGAACAGUGUGGACCAAGGAGCUCCAGCGCCAAAUGAAGGAGGUCCUGCGAGGAAACCAAAGCCUCCAGUUUCCCCGAAGCCUGUCGUGGCACAGAUAAAGAGACAGGGAGGCCCUCAGAUGCCCCCACAGGCUGCCCCCAAUAAGAGAGUCCCUCUGCCAGGCCCUGGGACCCCUGGAAGUCCAGUGGAAGGUAAGAAGAUCCCUCCACCAGUUUCUCCCAAGCCAACACCCCCGCCCACAGCGCCCAAACCAGCCAAACUCAUCCACUCCAUGACCAGCCCCUCCUCCACAACCCCGGCUCCUGCUCCACCCAAGCACCCCUCUACAAUGCCCCGUCAGACCAGCUCACCUCCCUACUUCCUGCCAUCCAACAAUCCCAGCCCGCCAAACGCCAAGCCGACAAGCCCUGCCUCUCAAAGCCCCCACACGCCACAGACCCCCACGACGCCGCAGACACCCCAAACUCCUGCCACUCCCAGCCCCACCCUGCCACCCGUCAAGCCUCCCCGCUCCUCUAUUGGUGGCGUGUCAGUGGACAGUGGAAUUGCGGGGGGCGGGUUCACCCCGCCGGCCACAGCGACAACAGACUUUGGGGUUGAUUCUUUGGUGCAUCAAAAGCUGGAGAAGACAAGCGCAUCGCUGGCUGCUGCUCUGCAGGCUGUGGAGGAUAAAAUACUGCAGCAUGAAGACUCUGUGGCUGAGCAGAAAACCACCGUGAGCAUCCUCGACGACAUCGGCAGCAUGUUCGACGACCUGGCCGACCAGUUGGACGCCAUGUUGGAGUAACCACAGAUACCAAUCAGCGGGUUUCCACGGCAACACUGCAUCAGGAGUGACUCAUAUAGCACAAUGGGCAGCAUGCCUCUCUUUCUGUCUCGCUCUCACUCUUUGGCUCCUCUUCGUCAUCCUCCUCUUCUGCCGUGCUCAUCCUUUCUUCGCUCUAAAUUGCAGUUCCUCCAUCUGUCCGCUGCUGCUGCUCCUGAAAAACCUCCGUUCAUCCCUUCUUCUUCUUCUUCUCAUCUCCUUUCGCUUGAUGCGAGAAUGAUGGAGCAGCACUGCAGGCCUAUGUUGCAGACAGAAUGAGUGGAGAAUGGAUAGCAAAAGGGGCACUAAAAAGGGAGGAGGAGUGGAGAAAAAAAGACCAAAUGACUUAUUGGGAGAGAAAACAAAAGAAGACUGAAGAUAAGGAAAUGUACCAAAGUGGAGGAGACUGCAAUCAAAACAUGAGUCUUUCAAGAACUCCACACAGACUCUUUAGGCGAACAAAUACUAAUACUGAUUGAAAACCAACUGUGUACUGACUCAUAGUAUGGUAUGUGUACAUUCUAAGCAUGGAGAGUUUAUAUCUACUGAAAAAGUCCUGCAUUAGCACAGUAAUAUAUGAUAUACCGAUGAAUAUAAAUCUCUAGCUCUUUGGUUUAAUGUCUUGAUUCUGUGUGGAAUGGUGACCUCUGGUGUUGUGACGAUGUAAAUGACUUGGUGGAAAAUUUCUUUAUUUGUGACCAAAAUGAGACUAUACAGCUCCCGAGAGGUGUGUGUCUGUGUGUGUUUGUGCAUGUGAGGGUGAACGAUAGUGGCGGUAUGACAAAUGUGUAUAUGUGGAGUUUCAGGAUCAAAUUUCCGGCUGCAUCUCUGUCACAUCCUCUUCAUUGCCGUGCACAUACACACACAUGUACAGAGGAGAAGCACAAUGACCCAUGCAACUGGCUUGCACACACACACACACACA